AUGCAGUUCUCGCCCCCUCCCGACGUCGAUACCCUCUCGACAAAGCUUCCUCCGUUGAAUAAUCAUGAUACCGACAAGAUUCUCCCAUCGCUCAGCAGUGUGACUGGCGUCCAUGGCUUCAGGGGCGAUCCCAUCCUCGACCACCAAAACUUCCGUUCGCAAUCACCACACUGGCCUCCGUUGAGCGGCCCUUUAGCCUACCGCCAACCACCCAAUUUUUCCACUCGCCGGGCGGACAGUCCAGCUACCAUGGACCUCGAUGGCAGCAAUAGCGUAACCAGCGCGCCGUCGCCGGAUCGUCACAGUUCCAAUAACAGUUUGAAUUUGGACGACCCAGACGUUCGAUUAGCGGCAGAAGCGCUUGGCGACCUCCGAGCAGAUUUCGUUUCGUCGCCGCCAGAUACGGCUAGCCUGGCCCCAAUGAGCCCAACCAUUAAUAGCCACCAUCGAACAUCAUCCUCCCAAUCCAGAUCACCUCAGCCCGAACCAUUAUUAUCCCUUCUGACGACUUCCCAUCCACUCGUGGCUAGUACAAUCGGAGGGGCUAGUUUUGCAUACGGCGGGGCCAAGAAUUUCUCCCCGCGGUUCAAGUCCGGUGCUGAAUACGUCGAAGGUUACCUAACGCCGCUUGCCAAAACUGUGAACUCGGUUGGCCGAGUCACAGGUGUUGAAGGUGGUGUGCGUUGGUUCCUGGGAAACAGACGCCAGCCCAACUCAGCUGAUUCCGAUGCCAAUGGCAAUUCCAAGAAGCGGCGAAAGGUUGGUCAAGAGAGCGAUGGUGCCAACAAGAAGAGCAGGGAUAUGACAAGUGGCGAUACCGACAUGUCUCCGUCUACACCGAAAAGUGAAAGAAGAUUGUCGUCGGCUAGCACCGUAGAUACCCUGCCCGCCUAUGACGAGAUGAGGUCGCCGGCCUACACCGAGAUUGAGGCUGGAUCACAACAAGCGCCGCGGUCCACCCCCUCCAAUGCCUCGUGGCCAUCUCGCCUCAUCAUGUCGACUUCAGGAUUGAGCGUCGCCAUGAGCGCUGAGAGUUUACGGAGCCUGAAGUACUGCCUCAAGUGGCUUCGUUGGACAAAUGACCACAUGAGCCAGGUGAUUGGCAACUUGAAGACUACACUGGAGGAAUACGAGAAGACUGCCCAGCGGCAAAUCGAAAACUCGGAAUCCGGCAAAUCGCAAAGCUCCGCCGACGCGCCUGACAAUGCCGACGGUCAAUCCAACGGACAAACCCCAGAACAAGCCCGCACCGAGCUGACUAACAAGAUCAAUACACUCAAGGUUGAUGUUCUGAAGACUCUUCAGGAAACCAUCAAUACCGUGUCCAAAUAUGCCGGCGGCGCCUUGCCCGAGAACGCUCGCAUCCUUGUGCGCCGGCAUCUAACGAGCUUGCCCCAACGCUUUCGAUUAGCCAGCAUGUCAGACACGUCCUCGGAAGGCGGCGAGAAGGAUAGCGACUCGGCGGUGCGUGAAGGUGCUCAAAAGGUUUUGGUCUUGGCAAAGGAAGGUCUGGAGAUGGUGACGCAGAUCACUGGCGUCUUGGACGGCACCAUUGUCAGUGCUGAACAAUGGUGUGAGCGCAUGGGGAAACGGCGACGGCCUACGAACGAUGGCGAUCAGCUUGAGUCCCCUCAAUUUGAGCCGCCCGCCACCGUUAUUGAGGCUAAUGGCGAUGUGAAAAUGGCUCCUUAA